AUGACCCGACAGAUGCACGUCUCACUGUUUUUUCUGCUGCUGUUGUUUCUAUUUGUACAGUUGUGCAGCACGAGUGGAAUCCUCGCCGAGGAGCAGUCGACUGAAGUUGUGCAGGAGGUGCCCAAAGAGGGACAGGGCGCAUCAUGGGGGUACACCAUCGUUACGACGAACCGAACGUUUAUCCGCAUAAAUACCUCAACAGAGGACUUGACCGAGGAUAAGUACUGCACUGCGGUCGGAGAAGUGAUCAAAGACUUCAAGGAAGAAGAUGCUCAGUGCCAAGGUCAUUUCGUUCUUUCUGAGAAAAUGAAAAAGACUUUUCUCGACACAAUUCUUCCUGCAGCUAUUAAACUACACGCGGAUCGUCUGCUCGUUGAUCCUGUUGAAGGUCCGUUGAAGGUUCCUGAGUUUGAAGAGGGCAGUGUUUGCAAGAACUUUACUGUUCCUCCCAAACACCGUAAAGAAGGUGUUGAGAAUGCUGACAUGGUGCUCUAUGUUGCAGCGAGACCAGAAAAUGCGUUUGGCGUUCCCUGUGCUUAUGAUGAUAAGUCUGGUCGACCUGUUGCUGGGGCGAUAAAUGUUCAGAUAUAUCCCCUCAAGAUACAGCGAUAUAAUGUGCGUCGUGUCGCGCAUGAGAUUGCACAUGCACUUGGAUUUGACUAUAAGGUGUUUGAGAAAAAUAAUAUGGUGGCUAAGAUUGAAUCUAAUGAUAGAAAGGGGCGUGUGGUGGUGAACUCAAACCAAACGAAGAAGAUGACACAGAAAUAUUAUAACUGCAAUGAACUGGAAGGUUUGGAAUUGGGUUAUGUUGAUAAAGUCCAUACUCCGGCUUGGUCGCACUUGGCCUGGAGAAACACGAAUGAUGAUUUGAUGUCCUUUAUGUACCUUUUUGGUGCCAUGCACUACUCUGCUCUAACAAUGUCUGUGUUUGAUGAUCUACCAUUUUACACGGUUAAUUGGGGCAUGGAGGAGUCUAUGAGUUGGGGCAACCAGAGUGGGUGCGAGUUGUUUAAAAGUGAAUGCAAAGCUGAGGAUGCCACCAAAUAUCCUGGGAGGUUUUGUGACAUUAACAAGGAUAAGAAUGUUUUUUCAUGUACAAGUGAUCGCCUUGGAUUUGGAACGUGUAAGCAACAUGGUGACGAUCGGCACCCCGAAAAUAAACAGAAAUGCUUUGUUUCUGAAUCUGUCAUACAUCCAUAUUAUGAAAAAGGAAAAGAUCACAUGUUUUUACUUUGCAGCGAAAUACCAUUGUUUAAUUUUCCCGGGUCAAUCUUUGGUAAUAAUGAUUCGCUCUGCUUGGAUACAGAAGAGUACAGUGCUGAAGUGUCGGAAAAUGGUGAGAUGGGUUUAACUGGUAUAUGUGCACGGGUCUCUUGUGAUGAGGGUAAAGUGAGGGUGAUGUACGACGGCAUCAGCGGGUGGCAGGACUGCUCGGAGAACACUUCAAUUGAGGUGAAUCACCCGGAUUCAAGCAAUAUCAUCAAAAUCAAAUGCCCCAAGUACAGUGAGGUGUGCACCAUUUUUUCUGAUGGCAGCAGUCUUCUCCCACAGAUUGAACCAAAACGACCGCCAGCACCAGCAACAACGACAACAACAACAACGACAGAAAAUAAUGAAUCCCAUCAAGAACAAGGGGAGACACAUCAUACAGAGAGUGGGCAUACCAACAAUAAUUCCAGCAGCGUGCCCUCACAGAGUGCAGAGAGGACACAGGACACCACCGGCGUCAAUGUGUCUACAAAUGAAAACGUUACUGUUCCGCGGACGACUGAGGGAAAUAUAAACAAGGAUAAUCUUACAUCUCCACGAGUGAAAGAGGAGCUUAAGAUUCGUAUGGGU